AUGGCCAGCCCGGGCCCGUCACUCCCUGGUGCCUUCGACAUUCUAGGCGCGGCGGGUCAGGACAAGCUCUUGUAUCUGAAGCACAAACUGAAGACUCUGCGCCUGGGCUGCCAGGGGGCAGACCUCCUGCACGCCAUGGUGCUCCUGAAGUUGGGCCAGGACACCGAGGCCAGGAUCUCUCUGGAGGCUCUGAAGGCAGAUGCAGUGGCUCAGCUGGUGGCCCGCCAGUGGGCUGGCGUCGAUAGCACCGAGGCCCCGGAGGAGCCCCUGGACGUGUCCUGGGCUGUUGCCCGGUUGUACCAUCUGCUGGCCGAGGAGAAGCUGUGUCCAGCCUCCAUGCGGGAUGUGGCCUACCAGGCGGCCCUCUGUGCCCUCAGCUCCAGGGACGACCACCGGCUGGGGGAACUCCAGGAUGAAGCUCGGGACCGGUGUGGGUGGGACAUCAUUGGGGACCCGGGGGUCUUCAGGCCCCUCCACUCUGAUCUGGACUGCCUUCCUCCAUCCUCAGCUUCGCCCUCUGGUACCCGGAGCCUUCCACGCCCUAUCGACAACCUGUCGGGCUGGAGCCAUGGGCACUCCCUGCGAUCCACCGGCAGCCCGGCCUCCCUGGUCAGCAACUUGGAGAUCAGCCAGUCCCCCACCAUGGCCCUCAGUCUCCACCACCGCCCCCACGGACCCAGCAAGCUCUGUGAUGAGCCCCUCACCAGCCAGGUGCCUGGGCCUGCCCCUCCAGGCUGCCAGGAGCCCGAGGAGAUGAGCUGGCCCCCCUCGGUGGAUCUUGCCAGCUCUCCGGAGCCACCAAACAGCCCAGCCCUGGGGCUCCCUGAUGUGGCCCCAGGUCCGACCCCAGCUGGCCUCCCAGACUCCCCCGCAGCACCAGAAACCAGCACCCACUACCCGGUGGAGUGCACCGAGGUGUGCGCAGCCCCCAAGUCUCUCCCCUCGCCCAUUCUGCAGCCCAUUGAAAACCACUGUUCUGUCAAAGACCCCACGCCGCCACCUCAACUUUCUGUAGAAGACACCACGUCCCAGCAUACCAAGCCACACCCACCAAUGCCCUCCGAGGGUCCCAGAACGUCUCCCCUUUCUCCAUCCCCAUCGUCCCCUUAUUCAUCUCACCCGGCCUCCUCGUCCCCGUGCCUGUCCUCCCCUGAUGUGACAUCGUCAGAACAGAAAUUCUAUAACUUUGUGGUCCUCCACGCCAGGGCGGACGAGCACAUCGCCCUGCGUGUCCGGGAGAGGCUGGAGGAGCUGGGCGUGCCCGACGGGGCCACCUUCUGCGAGGACUUCCAGGUGCCCGGGCGCGGCCAGCUGCAGUGCCUGCAGGAUGCCAUCGAGCACUCAGCCUUCACCAUUCUGCUGCUCACCUGUAACUUUGACUGUCGCCUUAGCCGGCACCAGACGAGCCACACGCUGAUGAGCAGCCUCACGCGGCACGGCUGGCAUGACUGUGUCAUCCCCUUCCUGCCCCUGGAGAGCUCCCUGGCCCAGCUCGGCUCUGAUGUGGCCAGCCUGCUCGGGGGCCUCGUGUGGCUGGAUGAACGCUCCCCGAUCUUCGCCAGGAAGGUGGCCAACACAUUCAAGCCUCAGAAGCUCCGGGCCCGCAAGGCCACCUGGAGAAAGGAACAGGAUGCCCGGACCCUGCGGGAGCAGAGCGAGCGUCUGCACGCCGAGCAGCAGCAGGCGGCAGCUGUGAGCGCUGCCCACUCCGCUUACCUCCAGAGCUACUUGUCCUGGCAGGCGCAGAUGGAGAGCCUCCAGAUGGCCUUUGGGAGCCACAUGUCAUUUGGGACUCAGGUGCCCUCCGGGGCUCAGGUCCCCUUUGGAGGUCAGGUGCCCCUGGGAGUCCCCCCAUCCUUCCCCAGCUGGCCAGGCUGCCCUCAGCCGCAGCUCCUGCAUCCGUGGCAGACUGGGAUCCCUCCACCGGCCUUCCCACGGCCCCCAGCCUCCCCGCAGCCCCCGGCCUUCCCCACCGCCUCACUGGAGCCCCCUCAGGGCCCUGGGCUACAACCUCUCAUUAUCCACCAUGCUCAGAUGGUGCAGCUGGGGAUAAACAACCACAUGUGGAACCAGAGAGGGGCCCAGGCACCCGAGGACAAGACACAGGAGGUGGAAUGGCCGAGUGACCAGGCCUGACUGCCUGUGGGACACACCUGGACCCUGGCAUGGGCUUUGGGCAGGACCUUGGAGACCCCCCCAUCUGCCCCCCAUCUGGUGGGCAGUAAAAAUGGGGUCAUGUGCCAUUUUCAGUACAUUGCCCAGGAGACCCUUAUUUCUCAGGAAAUACAGCGAAAUAGACCCGGAUGGGCUUCCUGGUAACCAGAACUGGAUAUAAUGUUUACAAUUCAAUCUCUUUAUCUCUGGGUGGGGCGUCUUGGUGGCGGGGGAUAUUGGUAUGGUCUUUUAAUUAUAAUAAAUAUUUAUUGAAUGCUUCUCCA